AUGGCUGACCUAAGGACAAGCAUCCUCAUUGGCGAGUCCGCUGUCGAAAUCGAUCGGCUCCUGGAAGACAUUCGUGCCCGUUUCAGUGCAUGGGAUUUAUCCCAUAGGGCUUUGUCUACAGAGGAUGAUCGUCUCAAUUGCCGUUUGGCUAACAGUGAAGAUAUCCGAGCCGACGUGAUAAAGCAGCUCCGCAACAUCGCUACUCGUCUGGCACACGUCUUUUGCGUGGUCAAAAUACACGAAGAUGUUAUCUCAAAUCUAAGCUCGGACGUAAUUACCAUUAUCACAAGCAAUGUUGAAACAAUCAAGGAAGCCGUUGACCAGCUGUAUGGACUCUGCAACAAACUGGCAUGCUCCCACAGCUAG